GAAUCCAGACACUGGACUUAAUAAUUUUGGGUAUCAUAGGCUGAUCGAUCCCCCAAAGAUCGCAGUUGACCUCUGUCAAUCCCGGUCUGCGGUCGAUGCCCUAAUCCCGGCGACAAAUAAAGAAGCGGCAGUGUUGUUAGAUUACCAGAGCUCGCUCGUUGCUGAGAGGAAGUUGGGGGAGAAGAGAUGAGGAAGCGUGACUUGGGGAUUCUUAUGCUCUCCGCCUUUGCAAUCUUCUUCUCCCUCCAGCAUGAAGGUGAUCUAUCUUUUAAGGAGGCUUGGGUACAUCUCACCGAUGAAUACCCAAUCAAAUAUGAAGCUGAGCGCCUUCCACCACCAAUUGUUGCUGAUCUGAAUGGGGAUGGAAAAUUUGAAGUGCUUGUUGCGACACAUGAUGCAAAAAUUCAGGUACUGGAGCCACAUGCUAGACGUGUGGAUGAAGGAUUCAGUGAAGCACGAGUAUUGGCUGAGAUUUCCUUACUGCCAGAUAAGAUCCGCAUAUCAUCUGGAAGACGGCCUGUUGCUAUGGCAGCAGGCUAUGUUGAUCGAAGUUAUAAAGAUGGAGAAAUAAGGAAGCAAGUUUUGGUUGUUGUUACAUCUGGCUGGUCGGUUAUGUGCUUUGAUCACAACCUUAAAAAGCUUUGGGAAACUAAUUUGCAGGAAGAUUUUCCACAUGGCGCUCACCAUAGAGAGAUAGCAAUUACUAUAAGUAAUUUCACACUAAAGCAUGGAGAUGCAGGGCUAGUGAUUGUUGGUGCGAGGAUGGAAAUGAAACAUCAUACCAUGGAUUUCUUUGAACAGAGCUUGCUGUCUGAUAAAAUUGAGGAGCUGCACCAGAAAAAUGCAAGCGAGAAAGAGACCUCUGGAAACAAUGCAUCUGUAGAUCUGCGCCAUUUUGCCUUUUAUGCAUUUGCUGGUCGUUCAGGCUCAAUACGCUGGACUAGGAAAAAUGAAAAUGUCCAGGUGGAACCUUCUGAUGCUUCACAGUUGAUUCCCCAACAUAACUAUAAGCUUGAUGCACACGCUUUGAAUAGUCGUCAUCCUGGAGAGUUUGAAUGCAGAGAAUUCAGGGAAUCAAUUCUUGGAGUAAUGCCUCAUCGUUGGGAUAGAAGAGAAGAUACUUCCUUGGAGCUUGCACAUUUUAGAAAGCACAAAAGAAAACCACUGAAGAGAAUGACGGGAAAAUCCUCAACAAAUCCUUUGCAUCUACCUGUUGAAAACAAUCCUCCUGGGAAGGAUUCAUCUAAUAAAAUAGCCAGGGCAAUUGGGAAAGCUGCAAGUUAUGCUGGCUCAGCAAAAAAAAAUAAGAGGCAUCUUUAUAUUCCUACCAUAACAAAUCAUACUCAGCUUUGGUGGGUUCCUAAUGUUGUUGUUGCACAUCAGAAGGAAGGAAUAGAGGCUGUUCACCUUGCAUCUGGAAGAACAAUUUGCAAGCUUCAUCUUCCAGAAGGAGGCCUUCAUGCUGAUAUUAAUGGAGAUGGAGUUUUGGACCAUGUUCAGGUGGUGGGAGGAAAUGGAGUUGAAAGAACUGUUGUGACUGGUUCCAUGGAAGUGUUGAAGCCCUGCUGGGCUGUUGCUACUUCAGGUGUACCUGUUCGGGAGCAGCUUUUCAAUGCUUCUAUCUGCCACCAUUCACACUUCAACCUAUUCCAGCAUGGAGAUUUUGCUAGGAGUUUCGGCAGGACAGUCGAUUCAGGUGCCGUGGAAGUCGCAACUCCAUUACUGGUACGCAGAGACGAUGGGCAUAAGCAUCGGAAAGGAAGUCAUGGUGAUAUUGUCUUUUUGACAAGCCAUGGAGAGGUUACUUCAUACUCCCCCGGCGUGCACGGUGAAGGUGCCACUUGGAGAUGGCAGCUCACAACUGGUGCAACAUGGUCAAAUCUUCCAUCUCCAUCCGGAAUGGCGGAAGAAGCUAAGAUUGUGCCUACCUUGAAAGCUUUUUCUUUGCGAGCACAUGACAACAAAGAGGUGAUAAUCGCCGGCGGCGAACAAGAAGCUGUGGUGAUCUCUCCUGGAGGCAGCUUUUUAUCUUCAAUUGAAUUGCCUGGCUCUCCUACACAUGCCUUGGUCCUGGAUGAUUUCUCUGGGGAUAGUUUCACUGACAUUAUUCUUGUUACAUCCAGUGGAGUCUAUGGCUUUGUGCAGACCAGGCAACCUGGAGCUCUUUUCUUCAGCACUCUUGUUGGUUGCCUGAUCAUUAUCAUGGGAGUCAUUUUUGUAUCGCAGCAACUGAAUUCAAUGAGCAAAGGUAAACCAAGGGCUUCCAGUGAAUACAGGUGAAAUUCCUGGUAAUUGGAAAUCGCUAGAGUAAGGCUUUGUUUGGGACGGCUUUCUUACAGCUUCUUGAAGUAGCUUUUUAGUUCAAAAUUUUUAAUUUUUGAACUAAAAAGCUGCUUCAAGAAACAAUAAGCCGUCCCAAAUGAACCUAAAACACAAUUCGAUCAUCUUGCUGCUUGAAGAGUUGCCUAUGUGCACUGUAAUUCUGCAAUCUGCCAAAAAUAUACUUUUUUGUUGGUAUGAUUAUGCUCCUGAGAGAGGCCAUAGAAUAGUUCAAUGCAGUUCGGGGUGAUAGAAAAGAAUACAGGCUUAUAAAAUUCAUUUUGAUGGUGGUUUUAUUGUUUUUAUUUGUUUAGGUAAAUCUCUCUUGCAGUGUGUAAUGACAUUGCGAAAUAAUUGCAUUUCAAGAUUUAGCAACUUUGUAUGGAGUAGGUUUUCUUUUCACCAAAAAAUUUUAGUUAAAAAAAAAAGAUUUGAUUUUGAUAUUGUAUGCUAA